GAAAUGGAUGCAUCCAACCAAUCCACUGUGACAGAAUUUGUCUUGUUGGGUCUCUCUGCCCAUCCCAAACUAGAGAAAACAUUCUUUGUGCUCAUCCUGUCAAUGUACCUGGUGAUCCUGCUGGGCAAUGGGGUCCUCAUCCUGGUGACCAUCCUUGACUCCCACCUGCACACGCCCAUGUACUUCUUCCUGAGGAACCUCUCCUUCCUGGACAUCUGCUACACAACCUCCUCAGUGCCCCUAGUCCUGGAUGGCUUCCUCACUCCCAGGAAAACCAUCCUCUUCUCAGCCUGUGCUGUACAGAUGUUUCUCUCCUUUGCCAUGGGAGCCACGGAGUGUGUGCUUCUGGGCAUGAUGGCGUUUGAUCGCUACAUGGCCAUCUGCAACCCCCUGAGGUACCCUGUGGUCAUGAGCAAGACUGCCUACAUGCCCAUGGCUGCCAUCUCCUGGCUGGCUGGUGGAGCCAACUCCUUGGUACAGAUCUCUCUUGCAGUACAAUUACCCUUCUGUGGGGACAACGUCAUCAACCACUUCAUCUGUGAGAUCCUGGCUGUCCUGAAGUUGGCCUGUGCUGACAUCUCCAUCAAUGUGAUCAGUAUGGGGGUGGCCAAUGUGGUCUUCCUGGGGGUCCCAGUUCUUUUCAUCUUUGUCUCCUAUAUCUUCAUCCUCACCACCAUCCUGAGGAUCCCUUCAGCUGAGGGGAGGAAAAAGGCCUUCUCUACCUGCUCUGCCCACUUCACAGUGGUGGUCAUCUUCUAUGGGACAAUCCUGUUCAUGUAUGGGAAGCCCAAGUCCAAGGACCCCCGGGGGGCAGACAAACAGGACCUUUCAGACAAACUCAUCUCCCUCUUCUAUGGACUUCUGACCCCCAUGCUCAACCCCAUCAUCUAUAGUCUGAGGAACAAGGAUGUUAAGGCUGCUGUGAGGAACCUGGUAGUUCAGAAACGCUGCACCCAGUGA